AUGUGGCUAGAGAAGUGGACCCCUGAUUUUAGACCGGAUGUGGAUUCUCCCAUAGUACCGACUUGGGUGUUAUUACCUUCUCUUCCUAUACACUGUCACUCAUGGCAUUAUGUGAAACAAAUAGUAGGCACAAUUGGUACACCUCUUUCAAUGGAUUUAGCUACUGAAAACAGGACUAGACCUAGUAUGGCUAAGGUUAGAGUUGAAAUCGAUUUGACUAAACCAAAAAUCGACUCAGUCUGGAUUGGAGUAGAGGAUGAUGAUAGUCCAUUAAAAGGCUUCACUCAAAAAAUUGAGUAUGAGAAUGUGCCAAAGUAUUGUAGACAUUGCAAACUACUUGGACAUUCAAUACUACAAUGUAGACAUGCUGAAAAGAAGAAGGAAGAUGCAAAAGAAAAACAUAUAGAGGGCGAAGACAAUGGGGAACGAGAAAAAGCAAGUGAAAGCACAAAAGGGAGAAAACACACGACCGGAAGUAGAAAAGUGAAUGAACAGAUGGAAAAGGAGGAAAGAAAUGUAACAAACUGGAGAAAUAACAGCAACAGCAAGGAGAAGGCAGUGAUGGAAAAUGCAGAGGCGGAGGAGAUUACCAAGGAAUAUAACAAUGAUAGGGGACAGGAAGAAGAGCAAGAAGCAAAUGAAAUAGAUACGGACAGUAAAGAGAAGGAAAAGGAAAGUAUGGUAUUUAGAAUAAAUCAAAAGAGGAGGAAGAAGAAAAAGCAUAAUACUAAGAAGGCUCUAAAAAAGAAGACCAAAGUCACCUUCAAGGUGAUCAAGGAACAACAGAAGGGUCAUAAACAGUACAGUCCCGUGGAAAAGAAGAAUGUGGAGAAGAAUAUUGAUCAAGACGAACCUCAAAACAGUGAGGCAGAACAAAUUGGCGACACAGCCAGUAACAACAAUGAGGAGAUUACACCAGCCGGACAAUCAUUGUAUGAAACAGGACAGUAG